GACGAUCUUACGUUAGUUAAAAUCUAGUAUAUCAUUAACAUACAGUAGAUCCACUUAUUCUGUCCUCAGUGCAACACUACUUAUUAUUUAUUGUUGUAAAGUGAUAUAGAGCCAACAGAAAUAUGGCGUUCCUGUUUACCGGAUCUGUCCUUAUGGAUAUUAUCGUUAUUGCCAUCACCUUCUUCAUAGUUCUGUACUCGUCAUACAGCUGGUCGUACAUGUACUGGAAAAGGAAAAAUCUUUCAUACAUUGAACCGUCGUUUCCUUUUGGAAACUUUCAAAAUCCUUUAUCAAAAAGUAAACGUUCAUUCGGCGAUCAAAUUACUAAAAUAUACCAAGUGGGAAAAUCGAAGGGUUGGAAACAUUUUGGAAUAUGGUCAAUGCAAAAACCAGUUUAUGUGGUAACUCAUUUAGAAUACGUUAAAAAUAUCUUGUUGAAGGAUUUUAACUAUUUUGUUGAUAGAGGGAGUUACGUUAAUGAAAAGGGUGAUCCCUUAAGCGCUCAUUUGUUCGCCAUUGGUGGCGACAAAUGGAGAAAUCUGAGACGUAAGCUCACACCAACAUUUACAUCGGGCAAAAUGAAGGGCAUGUUUCACACAAUUGCCGAAUGCGGUUCUCUUUUAGAAAAGGUUUUCCGGAAAGAAAUUCAGAAAAAAGAACCAAUAGAUAUUAAGGACAUUUUGGGCAACUUUACUACAGAUGUUAUAGGAUCUUGUGCCUUUGGACUGGAGUGCCACUCAUUUGAAGACGAAUCAUCCCCUUUCAGAGUUUAUGGUAAAAAAGUGUUCGAGGGUUCCCCAGUUAGAAACCUGGGCGCAUUGAUUAAAAGUAAUGCCCCUAAACUUGCUAAAAUUCUUAAUUUACCACAAUUACCCAAAGAUGUUACGUCUUUCUUUAUGGACGUUGUUAAAAACACCAUUAAAUACAGACAAGAGAACAACGUGGUGCGAAAAGAUUUUUUGCAGCUUCUUAUGGAUAUUAAAAGUGACAGUGAAGAAUAUAAAGGGGAUGGAAACACUUUGACCACUAAUGAAAUUGCUGCUCAAUGUUUCGUAUUCUUUUUGGCUGGAUUUGAAACGUCAGCGACUACAAUGACUUUUGCCUUAUUCGAAUUGGCUAAUAAUCAAAAAUUCCAGGACAAAGUUAGGAAUGAAAUUUGCGAAGUUCUUCAAAAACAUGAGGGAAAAAUAACUUAUGAUUCAAUUAACGAUAUGCAUUACAUGGGACAAGUUAUUGACGAAACACUGAGGAAAUACCCCCCUGUACCUUUUAUCACCAGAAAAUGCGUAAAAGACUAUAAAGUACCUGAUGCUGAUUUAAUAAUAGAGAAAGGCACUUCUGUAAUGAUACCUAUUCGAGGAAUACAUCAUGAUGAAGAACAUUUCCCGGAUCCCCAAAAAUUUGAUCCGGACAGAUUUAGCGAGGCAAAUAAGCAUAAGAUAAAACAUUUUUCUUAUAUGCCCUUUGGAGAAGGCAACAGGAUUUGUAUUGGUGCAAGAUUCGGAAUAAUGCAGUCGAAAGUUGGUUUGACUGUGCUUUUGAAGAAAUAUAGAUUUACCGUGAACAAGAAAACAAUUGUACCCUUGCAAAUGAAUCCUCAUUCUUUUGUAGCCACAGCAAAAGGUGACGUUUGGCUAGACUGUGAGGAAAUAUAGAUUCACUUAUAAUUUUUAAAAACUUCAUUAUAAAUUAUAUUAUAAUUUAAAAUAAUUAUAGUCAUUAUUAAAUUACUGCCCAUGAUUGUUUAAUAUAUUUUGAACUAUUAUUAUGA